GCGGAUAACCUGAAUCGACAGGGUCCAGCCUCGAACGGUCCUUGACACCAUGCGUACCGCGGAUAAUUGUGUCCUCCUGGGCUCGUAUAUAGUCUGAAGGAAACCCCGCUCCUCGCUCCACCGCACACACGCACCUCUUCCUCAUCCCGCCUCCCUCGACUCAAACAUGCUCUUCAAGUCGUACAUUGCCGCGACGCUGUUCGCGACAAUGUUCGCUUUCUCCUCGGCUGCACCAAUAGAGAACCCAUCGUCGGGCGUGUCAAUUGAAGCCCGCCCAUCUUCGCCCCUGCCGCUUCUCUCUGGACGGUGGGUUCCCUUCCCGCCACAUUUGCGUGAGCGCACGCCCGCUCGACGCGGCAGGGCGUCCGGGUCUGUCCCGCUUCGGAUACGCAGGGAAGCAGCACUGGACGCGUUGGAAUAG